UGCAACAAUUUUCUGGGCGAAGUGGUGCAUUAUCUGUCAUAAAUGCAGGGGUGCCACUAUUUUUGGCCAUGACUGUAUAUAUGUAAGUGUGUGUUUGUGUAUAUAUAUAUAUAUAUAUAUAUAUAUAUAUAUAAUUUUUUUUAUUUUGUUUACAUAAUAGCUCUUCCAUGUCAAAUACCUUGUCAUAUAUCAUAUCCCUUCUAACCCAUAUAAAACAUUUGUAUUAAUAUUUAUAUAAAAUAUUUUUUAUCUGACAGUAUAUAUAUAUAUAUAUAUAUAUAUAUAUAUAUAUAUAUAUAUAUAUAUAUAUAUAUGUAUGUAUGAGUUAAAUACUUUAUUUUAAUGUAUUUAUGUUGUGUUCGGUGCAAUGUUACACUUUUCACAAGGGGUUUCAUGCACGCUAAUCUGGUGAACGCAAAUUUUGUUUGCAUUAAAGCGCAACCAUUUACUUUCAACGUGUAAUAUGUGCACUACUUAAUGCUGUUGCGAUAUUGCUUAUCUUGUCCUGCACUAACAAUAGAUAUGCAACUUGUUCUCUAGCCCAUAGUUAACAUCAGUACGAGAUCAGCAAUGCACUGGCAGUCUUAAACUGAACACACCCAGUGAUUGGUGGCUUUACAUAUAUGCUGCUCCUUAUUGGUUCAGCAGUCAUGUUUAGAUGAAGCACUGAAGCGCCUCCCAUUGCAGUGUUAUAGUAGUGUAAUGAUAUUAUGUUUAAAUUCAGAAAAGCAUUUUCUUAUUGCAACUUUAUAUCCCAUUAAAGAAGAUUCUCAGUCAUACUUUAUUACUUUAAAUUUUUACUAGAAAAAAGCAGUAAUACACUAUUUCAAAAUUCAGCAAAGGAAAAUGCUGAACUAGACUCAAAUGUUAUCAUUGUUUGCUUCUUUAUCUUUUGUGUGGGAUAUAAAUGUAUAUAAAGUAUAUAUGUGUGUGUGUAUGUUUAUAUAUAUAUAUAUAUAUUAUACAUAUAACGUUUAUCUUCAAAUACUUUUAAAAAAAUUGUAGUGUCAAUGUAGUGCAACAUUAUUAGGACAUUUGUUAAAAAUAUGUAAUGUUUUGCACUGAUUUUUAUAUGCUUUUCAAAUAUUUUUUUAUAAACAAAAUAUUGUAAAAACAGGAGAUUGCUAUGUGUAUGUUGCAUCCAUUAAUAAAUAAAUAAAUAUAUAAAAGUGUAUGUGGAUAUAUAUAUAUAUAUAUAUAUAAGUACACACUCACAGACAUCCUUUUGUGUAAAACUGUUCAGAUAGAGUUUUAUUAUCCAGGUAUCCUGCUUUGAUAUAAUAAAAAUGAGCAGUUAAUCAUUUGCUCAAUGUCUCAAAGGCAAUUGGUUGUUGUGACUUGCAAAGAACCGGAUUGGGAGCUGAGCCAGAGUUUGUCUGCCUUUUCUGCCAAGGUCUGUAUCAGAUUUAAGACACAUGCUCCCUUGAAGGUUGUGAAGAAAGUUUGAACACAGAGUUGGAUUACAGCUUUUCCCUGUUAACAAUAUUGAUUUCGCUCUUGCAUCACAAAAAUUCUGCUGCAGCGCUGAACUCAAAACAGCAUUUUCAGGACUUCUGAGGAAACAAAGUAUUACAGCAUCGUGGAUGUAUAUUAAAUAUUUACAUCGCUAUCAACUAAACUGCAGCUAACUGGCUUUGUAAUAUGCUAUGAAUGAAAGGAAACCAUAAAAAAGAUUCAUAGAACAUCUUCAAGAUUUUCUUUUAAAUAUUUUUUUCACAUAGGUCCUAAUUUUACUUUUUUUUUUUUAAUUUUGUAUAUAUAUCUAUAUUUGCUUAUGACGGCACUUUAACGUACUUUACUUUUGAAUUUCAUUUGUUUUGUUUUUUAUUCUUAAUAAAUAUCGCCAUGUACGUUAAGAUAGGGAUCUGCUGCUGCAUGUUAUCGAGUGUUUAGAUUAUUGGAGAUUCUAGGUACCAAUAUGAGCAGAAACUGGGCAUUUACAAGUCUUUUUAUAUUGCUGCUGCAUCAUCUUGAAGGAUUUGAUUAUGAUGAUGGAAACAUAAAGGGCACAUCACAGAAAGAAUUAGAGAUGAAGAUCAGAUCUGCUGAUAGUCUUGAAGAUCUUCUUCGGAUAACACAUCCAAGAGAGCUAAAGCUAUGGAGAUGCAGAUCAAAACUCAAAUCCUAUGUGAGCAUUGAUUCUAGGUCUUCAUCGCAUCGCUCAACGCGCUUUGCAGCAGCUUUUUAUGAUAUUGAAAUACUAAAAGCUAUUGAAGAAGAGUGGCAAAAAACUCAAUGUAUGCCAAGGGAAACAUGUGUGGAUGUUGGGAAAGACCUUGGAACUGCCACCAACACGUUUUUUAAGCCACCCUGUGUGUCAGUGUACAGAUGUGGAGGAUGCUGCAAUGAUGAAGGGAUUUCAUGUGUGAAUACAAGCACAUCCUACGUCUUAAAAACGCUUUUUGAAAUUUCAGUUCCUCUGACACAAGCACCGGAACCUGUGACCAUCAAAAUUGCUAACCACACAAGCUGUAAAUGUUCCGCUACUCUUCUACGCCACCCAUACGCCAUUAUAAGAAGAUCAGUCCCCUCUCCAGAACGCAGCUGUACCCAUGAAAAUAAGCUUUGCCCCAGAGGCUCACAGUGGGAUAACAUCCGAUGUAAGUGUGUGUCUACUGUCAACACAAGGAGAAAAGAGCUUGCUAUAUGUGGUGCACAUAUGGAGUUUGAGGACACAUGUGAAUGUGUGUGCAGACGAACAUGCCCUGAACACCACAUUCUAAACCAAGAGAAUUGUACUUGUCGAUGCCGGGAAAGUCUGGAAAGCUGCUCACAAAAACAGAAGAUAUUUUACCAUAAUACCUACAGUUGUGAGGAUCCGUGUCCGUUCCAGGCCAAAUCAUGCCCAAAUGCAAAGCUAGUGUGUGCAAGACAUUUCCUCUGUGCAAAAGACAAAACAGGAUUUCACUGGUCUCCGAACAGAGAAGAUCCCUGAAUGACCCGUCUUAAAAUUAUGUAGCUUUCAUCAUUUCACUCUUAAACAUUACCAAUUUUUGGAAAAUAAAAUGCACAUGUAUACGUUUUA